AUGGUUGCUUUAGGUGCUACAAAUACUGCUUCUUUUAACGACACUUUCCGCGUCUCUGACAAUGUUGCUGUUGUUAUUCCAGAGACCAAUGUUCAAGUCACAUACCGUGAGCUAUCUAGCAUGGUAGGUCAUUUUCAAACAUUAUUUAAUGAUUCCACCUCCCCCUUAUUCAAUGUUGUUGGUAGACAAUCUACUGUAGCAAUAUCAAUGCCAAACUCUCUAGAAUUUGUAGUUGCCUUCUUAGGAGCUACCAUGGAUGCAAAGAUUGGUGCACCUUUAAAUCCGAAAUAUAAGGAAAAGGAAUUCAAUUUUUAUUUGAAUGAUCUAAAGUCCCGUGUUAUUAUUGUUCCCAAGGGUACAGUAAAUCAAAAGGUGACUCCAGAAAUUAUCAAAUCUGCUUUAAAUUUCCAAUGUUUUGUUGUUGAACUAUAUUUUAGUCUUGAAAGAUUUACCGUGGAAUAUGAUGUGUACACGUCUAGGGAUAACUAUUCAAAGAGAAUCUAUACAUCGAAGAAUAGGCCAAAAUUCAUUAAUCAUGAUCCAUCUCGGUUUCCAGGAUUUGCUCGUUCCAGUGACACAGCAUUAAUUUUACAUACUAGUGGCACAACAUCUUUACCAAAGACAGUUCCUUUAUUACAUUUGAAUAUUGUUCGCAGUACUUUGAACAUUUGUAAAACUUACAAAUUGACUGAAAACGAUCGUUCAUAUGUGGUCAUGCCUUUAUUUCAUGUUCAUGGAUUAAUUGGUGUUCUAUUAUCCUCAUUCCGUGUUCAAGGAUCCGUGGUGAUCCCGCCAAGUUUCUCACCAAAAGUGUUCUGGUCUCAUUUUGUCAACACCAAUUGUAAUUGGUUCAGCUGUGUGCCCACGAUUAGUAUGAUUAUGUUGAAUGUUCCUAAACCGGAUCCAUUUCCAGAGAUUAGAUUUAUCAGAUCAUGUUCCUCGGCUUUGGCUCCUGCUGUUUUUCACAAGUUGGAGAAGGAAUUUCAAGCUCCUGUCCUUGAGGCGUAUGCAAUGACUGAAGCAGCACACCAAAUGACAUCUAAUAAUUUGCCACCUGGCAAACGUAAACCAGGUACCGUUGGACAACCACAGGGUGUGGAGGUAGUGAUCUUGGAUGAAAAGGAUAAUGUUUUGCCUCAGGGGUCUAUCGGAGAGGUGUCUAUCCGUGGUGAAAACGUCACUCUUGGCUAUAAGAAUAAUGAAAAGGCAAAUAAAGAGAAUUUCACCAAAAGAUUCAACUAUUUCAGGACCGGAGACCAAGGGUAUUUCGAUUCUGAAGGUUUCCUGGUGUUAACUGGUCGUAUCAAAGAAUUGAUCAAUAGAGGAGGUGAGAAGAUUUCGCCUAUCGAAUUAGAUAGUGUUAUGUUGUCUCAUCCAAAUGUUGACGAAGCCGUUUCCUUUGGUGUUGAAGAUGAUGUGUAUGGUCAAGUGGUGCAUGCUGCAGUAGUGUUGAAGCCAAAUACAAGUCUGAAUUAUCAAGAGUUGACCCAAUUCAUGAGUGAUAAAGUGGCUAAAUUUAAGAUUCCUGUUAAGAUCUAUUUUGUUGACAAAUUGCCAAAGACUGCUACCGGGAAGAUUCAAAGACGUAUUAUUGCACAAGCUUUCAGUGAAUCCAAGAAAAGUAAACUAUAA